CAGACUGCUGUGUAGUGUCAGACAAAGUUAUUAUGUGCAGCAUUCCUGUGUGGAGCAGGGCUGUUGAUAAGGAAUUGGUAUUGACUAUGGUGCAGGGAUCAAACAGAAAAUGGUUUGGGAAAGAAAAAACAUGAGUGUUCCCAUCCCUUUGAAACAAAUUGGGAAAUGAGCCACAGGGAUUAUUCUUGAGAGUGGAUAUGUAGGACUGGCCUGCUUGAGUAAGUCCUCUAAAUUAAGUAUUUAAAAAAACCCAAAUUAAUAAGUAAAUUAACAAACCUUAGGAACAUCUGAUGUCUCCUGAGCCAACAGAACAACUGCAAUGUUCGCUUUUUUUCUUUCUUCCUUUUCCUUUCUUCCUUUCUUUCUGCUUCCUUUCCAGCAUGCCAAAUACAAGGCAUGGCUUUGGGGAAAAUGCCAUUAUAAACUCUCCUCUACAAGAGCAUGUUUGCAGGCCGUGAGGGUUCGUCAGUGCCCUGCUGUCUGUAUUUCAGUGGGUCCCUUGCUAGCUAACAGGCUAUUUUGUAGCUUUUUAAACAAGCCAUCUGUGCUGUGGAGAAUCAGACCUCUGUGGACACCAGCCUAGACCUCUGCACACACCUUUGUAGGUUUAGGUAUUGACCUUCCUGAUGUUUAGGUGAAAGGAGGAGGAUGAGGAGAAGCUUGAUGCAGGCUGGCAGGCUUUUUUCAGAGAUGCGAGCUGAUGCAAGCUUAUCGCCUCUUUUUUCAGUAGUUACUGUGGCUUCCCGUAGCAUCAGGUUUGCUCCUGCAUCAUCUAAAUGUAACAUCUUUUCAGCAAUUCGAAGCCAGUUCUUCAGAAAGCGGUAGGUGGGUCAUGUAACGCAGCCUUUCUUCUGGGUCUCAUCACUGGGAGGAGGAAGUCUGAAAUGAGUACGGGGGCAGUACCCCAAGCUGGAAAGAUUAAUAUGUCUAUUAAACUGAUUGCUGGUGUUGAUCACUUAUAAAGUAGAUUCUGAAAAGUGCAUGUGUCUGGUCUUUCCUUCUGUGUAACUUCUAAAUCCUUGCUUGUAUCACUGUAGAAGGCAGAGCUGCUGUUUGAGCUUGUGGGGUCUGACAAAUAAGGUUAAUUCAGUGCUAUGCAGCUGGCUGGGAUGGGAUUGAAUUCUUCCCAAAGCCUUUGGUUAAGAAAGGUUGUGCUAAUUCUUUUAUUUUCUAAUUUUUGCUAAUUCUUGCAUUUUAGGUAUAAAAUGUCAUCCUCAUUUUUUAUGUCAAUGCUAUUACAGAAUACAAGUGAAGUCUUCUCUUACGGUGUUAUACCCAUAGUGACCCACUCUUGAUAUGAAAAUCUGAAGCCUGAAUUCUGACAACCAGAAUUAUUUGCAAAGAAAGCACAGAACUCUCUAUUUGAUGAAGCAGCAAGUUUUGCAAGGAAAACACGCCCUUUUUCAGUGACUACUUGGGCUGUAUGGUGUUGGCUUACAGAAGAAAGGUUUGCUCAUCAAGUGAGCUCAAAUGCCCAAGCAGAAGGAAGGUCUAGCUGCAAAACUCGAAUGUGAGAACUUUAUAUUUGGUAUUUGGGAUGUUGGCAAGUCUGUUAGCUGUUCCCACCACCCUGUUUCUGGAUGGUAGAAUCGUAGAAUAAUCACAGGAUGGUUUGGGUUGGAAGAGGCCUUUGAAGAUCAUCUAGUCCAGCGUCAGUGCUGUAGGCAGGGACACCUUCCACUAGACCAGGUUGCUCCAAGCCCCGUCCAACCUGGCCUAGAACACUUCCUGGGAUGCGGCAGCCACAGCUUCUCUGGGCAGCCUGUGCCAGUGCCUCACCACCCUCAUCAUAUAUAAUUACUUCCUAGUAUCUCAUCUAAAUCUACCCUCUUUUCAUUUAAAACCUGUGUCCCUGCAUUCCUCGAGGUCCCUUUUGUGCAGCAGCUGCUCUCUUGGGAGGGAUCUGAGCACACGUGGCUGGAGUGAGCUAUGCAUGCUGGGGAGAGCGCAGAGCAGGUCUCUGUCAAAAUAUUCUGUCUGUCAGCCCUUCUCCUUCAAUGUUCAUCAGAUAAUUCACAUUUUUCAUCCUUUUAAAAUUACUUAAACUGCCAAAGAAGUGAGUCCCAGCGAUUCUUUUAUUUAUUGUUAAUCUGAACAGGGUUUCAGAGUAAUUAAGCAUUGUGUUGGGUGAGUUAUUAAAAAUGGCUGUGUGAUUUAAAAUGCUGGCAGAUAAAUGCUUAUCUCUAAGUUGACUGUCUCAGAGGGCAAUGUCUUGUGCUUCUACAGCAUCUAAAGGAAAACUGCUUUAGUGGUUUAAAGCUUAAAAAUAAGUCCAGGCCCUGUCUGUGUAGAAGAGUUUUUCCAGCCAUGCUGGUAUACCUCAUAGUUUUUUGUGGUGUGGACAUUUUAUUUUUGGCUCAGUUUAAAGUACACAUGAAGCAACAUUAAACUAGAUGGCAGUGGUAGAGGACAGUUUCUACAGUGGGAUAACCCACAUGGUUUUGUAUGGGUUGAAUUAUAUCUCUUCACAUUCACACCACAAACUACACCGAGCAGAUAAGACCUUGUCUUUAAUCCAUGUGGUUUUAAAUUUAAUGCAGAAUUUAUGGGGUUUAUGUUCAGUUUCUGUUGUUUUCUGGUGGUUUGAAUCGUAUGGCUUCUGCUAUUUAGCUUGCUUUGCUCCCCCUGCGUCUGGUAUUCUUCCAGCGAUGGUGUCAACAGCCAUUGAUCAUAGUUGACAGUACAUCAAAGGAACCUCUGACACAGUCGUAAAGCAACUGCACUAUGUGAUGAGAGGGACUUUAUCCUCAUAUUUUUUUAAGCACUUUAAAUGACUUUAAAAAUACUUUUGGCUGUCAUCCAAGGCUCCUGGACUAAGCUACAACUACCAGGAAAUGUCUUUGCAGACAUCAUCAUAUCGUUAGGGUUUCCUUACACCUGAAACUGUUCUGGUUUCUGAAGUAAAACAGGAAUAAAUUUUUCUUUUCUGGAACGUUGAAUGCUCAAUUCUAAAAUUAAUCAUGAACAACUUUCAUCCUCUACCUGAAUCCCUGUUCAAAUCCAAGUAUGGGCGCUUCAGAUGCCUAGCAGAGAUGCUUUGCUGCUGUGGCAGCAACAGUAUGAACAGGUUGGUCAUCACCGGCACAAAGUGCCAGUCAAAGUGUUUGCCCACAAAGCCUGACUUAUAUCAGAAAUCCUUUGGGAAUAAUUUGAAUAUAUGAAUAACUACCCAAGGUUUCAACACUCAAAAGAUAAGGCUCAAUGACCUUCAGUUAUGAUUUGGAAAUUUUCUGGAAGGAAAAUGUGCAGGUAUGAAAAUAAACAGCACAGAAGUUGGAAAAGUAGAAAACCUGCAUUGAAUGAAGCCAACUAUAAGAUUAAACUAGAAUUAAUCCAAGUUACAACUUGAAAAUUAAUUACUAGAGCUUGUGGUGGUGGUGUGUACACAGUUGGGCAGGCUGCACCAUUUACUGAAGAGCUGCAUUAGUUUAUUGCCUUUUUGCAUCUUAUACUUACUUUUAUACAGGCAGGAAAGAGAGAGAGGAAAACUAAUAGGGCCACUGAGAAAGCAAGUGACCUUCAGACGCUGCAGCAUGUACCUUGGACUCUUUUGGAAGGGAGGCAGUGGAGAGAGGAAAGCGUUUGUAGUAGAUUGGUGGUUAUUAAACCUUGUUUGAACCAAGUGGACUUAAUCUUUAAAUAAACACGAUGACCUUGCUGUUAUCCCAGUCAUUGCUUAUAGCUAACUCUUUUCAAAAAUGCCAAAAUUCAACCAGGCACCGUGCAGUGAAGCAGAACGUGCGCCCAUAAAAUCUAGAUGAAAUGCAUGUGUGUUUAAAUUUGCAUGGUUGCCCAUGAGGGUUAUUGAUGUUGCUUGCUCAGCUGUCCACCUGCUGAUUCAGAAAUGCAUAGUUUCAGUCUACUACCAAUUUUAUUUAUAAAAAAAAGUAUUGUUUUUGGUGGCAUCAGGUGUAGACUGCCUCUUGAUUCAAGCAGGUUUCCUUCCAAAACAAAUGGCAUCAGAAGCAUCCAUUGUCUUGCAGUCUUGUCUCCUGAUGAGCUAAAAGGUUACUAGGCUUUGCCAAUUAUAUUCUAAUCAUAUUUUUCUGUGGAUAAAUAAUAUCUUUUAUUUUAAUGAAAAGUACUUAAAGUUGUAUUGCUCCAAUGAGAAAAACAGCAAUAUACCCUUUCAGAAAAAGCACAGUGGCUUGAGAAAGGCUGGCCUGCUGAACUAUUCCAUUAAUGGUUUGCUUGAAAUAAUUUUUUUUUUUCCUUUCUGUCCCCAUUUUUCUGUGGUGCUGGCAAAAUAAGUUCCUUAGAAGGAGGUUACUGCUGAUUCUUUUUUUUCAGCCAGAAGUUUUCAGUUUGCUUCCAUGUACCUCAGCAUCUUAAUCCCUUCCUUACUGGCAGUAUUUGAAUCGGUGCUAUUUUUGGAUAGUUCUAAUAUUACAAUCUGACUUGUAAACAGGGUUGGACAACAGCAACAUCUAACUCUAGCAGCCUUUGAGGGAGGAUUGUGAGUCUGAAAGUGAUUUGGCUUUAGUCAUAACCUCAGUAGGUUUGUAACAGUCUCACAACAGCACUUCUGCUGUCCUGCAGGCUUGAGUUCUUCUAGCAUGUGCCUGGAUAGAAGACAGAAGCUGGGACACACCUGUUCAUGUUCCAACUUGAAUUUCGUUUUGUGUCCAUACUAUUUGGGAACUCUUAGGAGACCUCUUAGUGUUUCAUGGACAAACCCCAUCACUUUUCUUGGGGCAGUGUUAGUGGGAGUGUAAAUAUAGAUGUGCCUCUUUCCCAGCCUUCCCAGUAUGGAGGGCAAUUCUAGUGCCUCGGUCAUCUUAGCAUCUGGGCAGCUUCUGAUACUGGACCUGUAUCCUGAUACUACUUUGUUUUAGGCACUAGACCAUGCUUCCCUCAGUUACAUGCCAGCCAGCUGCGUAAUUAAGUAUGUGACCGAGUCCUUCCAUCUCACUUGAGCAUUCAGGUCCCUGGUUUUAACCAGACUGACUCUCCUGAGCUAGGACACCCAAACCGGUAGCAAACAGGUAUCACCCUAACAUUUAGAAUAUAGCUGUGCAUUAGAGCACUGUUGGUACCUCAUGAAUGAAAAUCCACUGCAUACAUACAGUUCCUCUCUGCUUCUGUCCUUCAUGAAGAUGUCAGAAUUAAUGGGGUAAGCUUUGAUGCUCCACAAUGAAGUUGGCGUUAUGCGUCAGUAUUGUAGUCUCUUACUAGAAGCCCUUCAUUUUAUGUGAUUCUUCUUGUUAGAAGUGUGUAUAGUGUUGGUGAGAAACCAGCCAUAGACAGACAUGGAAAAUAAAGGGGUUCUGUAAUCUGACCUCAUUUUUUGUGUUUUAGCUACAAACCCAUGAUGUCUGUGUUGGAAGGCAGGUUGCUGUGGCCUCCUUCUCUGGUCAGCGGAGAUGUACCUCUUGGUACCUCCCAGGGAGCCCAGCCUCAAAGGUCUGAAUUUUCAGUUAACUGGACAGAGUUGAGCAGGGCAAAACACUUUGGAAAUUGGUUUUGGCUUUUUGAAAAGUUCAGUAAUGCUUUGGAAAGAUGCACCUGGAUUUCUUUGUAUUAGUAAAUGAGAAACCAUGCUGAAGUGGCUAGGUCAGAUUUGGCUUCUCAGGAAGACCAAGGCUGCUACCGCAGCUGCAGAAGGAAUUAAUUCAUUUUGCAAGGGAAUACAUGGAGCUAACUCAUCCUAAACCCUAGGAUAUGCUGGUUGGGAAACCACCAUCUGUUGAGCAAGAGGGUGGCUGUGGGCAGUCAGAUGGGAUUUCAGGGAUAACACACUGUUUGCAAACAUCUCUGCUGUCUGGGCAAGUCCAGAUAAGGUGAUGGAUUGCAGCCACCCUCUGUGGCUGAAGUAGGGUGAGAGCAGCAUGGUUUGGCUGUUAUAAUGUAUGCAUGGUAAUGAGCGUUUUGACUUUGUAUUCAGUGGAAUUCUUUGGCUCAUUCCAAGUUUCCUUUCAAUAUCUCGGUCCUGCUGCUACACCAGAAACUUCAUCUCAUCCUCUGUUUGACAAUGUACAUCCCUCUGACAUUUGAACGGGAAGCUUUCUCUUAGUGCUGUCCAGGGAAUAUUUUCCCUGUGUUUGAGAUGCAGCUUUUUUCCCCUGUAAAAACAGAUGCACUGAAGUAAAAUGUGGAAAAUGCAUCCUGUUUUGAGGACAGGACUCUCUAAAAUAAUUCCAUCCCUAUUUUUGGUAUCUUCAAGUUGGAACUGCCUUUGGAAGAGCUGUUUUAUAAAUGUCCAUAACAUUCAGUUCAUUGAGCUGCAGAAGACAUUUUGAGGCAUGUGGAAAUGAGCCUUUAGAAAUCAGCUGGUGAUGGGGAAGAAAGAAGUAUCUGUCAUAUUUCAGGUCUUUGGUCAGUAGACUUGAGGCAGAAAUAAAUGCAUCUAAAUACCAGUCACUCCCCACCCUACCUUUUCUUCCAUUUCUUGUCUGAACUAUGGCAACCACUUCCUUGCUUCUGAGCUUCUGCUGCUUAAUAUGCUGCUGCAAAAAUUACUUCUUCCUCCACAGCUUUGGUUGUGCCUUGUCCCUUCAUACUCUCUUCUGAAUUCAGAGCAAGACUUCGGUUCUCUUCUUUAACCUCCUUCUGCCUCCUGUGUUCACAUCGUAGCCGAGGUAUCCUCUGUUCUUACCCGUUUCUUCCACGGAGCAUCCCACCUCCAUAAUAGUCUCCUGCCAUGUCUUGAUUAGUUGUUCCUUCUUUGUGUGUGACUGUUGGUUAAUUUGGUCAAAAUAGCCCUCUUGACAGAGUGCCUUCUGGUCUGGGUCCCAGCAUCUCAUCAGUCCUGCCGUGGCAUUCCGUGGUUUGGUCAUCAUGACAUGUUUUUUGUGUUCGGUGGAAGCCUGGUGAUUAUUUUGCCAGGCUGAGGGUUCUGUCAUGUUGAUUAUUUGCAGUGUCAUGUAUUUAUGACACAAUAUGGAUAAUAGAAGCUGUUGAAAGCUUUUAAAGGACAAAGCUGCAUGUGAUGGCACAGCUUGUCUGAGUUCAUAGAGCAGUUAGCCAGCCAUGUAUCUGAGACCACCCUGCGGUCUGUGUCCAUGCUUCUAGCUCUCUUCUCCUGACAAGCUGAAUAGCUUUCCAUGAAGAGGGUGUCAAUCAGGAGCUUUAAAUCCAAUGACUGUACUUAGGAGGUCAGAAUUUGCUGGGUAUGUUUUAUUGUUCCCUACAGCUGGUCAUCUCUUCCCUUCUGCUGUUUGCCCUGAGGGUUUGGGGGAAGCUGUUUUUGAGGGUUGGUGUCCUAAUUCUUCUAAUGUAGUUUGAAAAUAUCUUAAGGAUGUGCUUUUCCCUUUCCACAAAUGUGUGGCAGACACACACUGAAAAUAUUUGCAUACCUACUGUCUUGUUCCUUCUGUACAGAUUUAUGUUCAGGGUGUGUGAUCCAGUGUCCUGCUGAGUUUUUAAGCUGCUACUUUGCUCAGUGGUUUACCACUAGAUGCAUUAAAUAAAUAUGCUUUGUGUAAUAUUUGUGCUUGGGUUGUAAUGAUUUUGCCUGCUUCCGGACUCUAAACAAGUAACGCAACAAAAGUGGUCUCCGGAAUUUAACUUGCUGCCAGUAAACUUCUGUACUGGCAUCCUCGUUCAUGUCCUGAGCUAUUGAGGUUGGAGGAGAGAGAUUGUGUAUCACCCUUGAGCAUCUUCCCUGAAAACUAGAUCUUGAAGUAGCAAAAAUAAGUUCCAGCUUUGAUCAGACCUCUUAAUAUGUAGUGAGUGAGGGGCACAUAAUCUUGGGGCUACAAGAUCCUUAAAGACCUUUUCUCCAGCAACAAUGACUGCCUCUAGGUGACACGCCAUGUUGUUUGGAAGUAUGGAUUUUUCAGAACUCUUAAACUUAAAGUUCUUCCUCUGGCUUCUGGUGUAGUCAUUAUUUUCCCCUUUUGUAGAAGACUACCAUCACUGGGGGAGUAACUAUUGAUGGAAGAACACGGGGUGACCCAAACAGAGCACAUGGCCACCAUCGAGGCCCAUGCAGUGGCCCAGCAGGUGCAGCAGGUCCAUGUAGCCACCUACACAGAGCAUGGCAUGCUGAGCGCAGACGAAGAUUCACCAUCUUCGCCAGAGGACACCUCCUAUGAUGACUCUGACAUCCUCAACUCUACGGCUACCGAUGAGGUCACUGCCCACCUGGCUGCAGCAGGCCCUGUGGGGAUGGCAGCAGCUGCUGCCGUGGCAACAGGUAAAAAACGAAAGCGACCACAUGUUUUCGAAUCCAACCCAUCAAUCCGCAAGAGGCAACAGACACGUUUGCUACGGAAGCUCCGAGCCACGCUGGAUGAGUACACUACCAGAGUGGGGCAGCAAGCCAUCGUUCUGUGCAUCUCGCCCUCGAAACCCAAUCCUGUCUUUAAAGUAUUUGGUGCGGCACCCUUGGAGAAUGUGGUACGCAAGUACAAGAGCAUGAUUCUGGAAGACUUGGAGUCUGCACUAGCAGAGCAUGCUCCUGCACCUCAGGAGGUUAACUCAGAGUUGCCACCCCUCACCAUCGAUGGCAUUCCCGUCUCAGUGGACAAGAUGACCCAGGCACAGCUGCGAGCUUUCAUCCCCGAGAUGCUGAAAUAUUCCACGGGUCGUGGGAAACCAGGCUGGGGCAAGGAAAGCUGCAAGCCCAUCUGGUGGCCUGAGGACAUUCCAUGGGCCAACGUUCGCAGUGAUGUCCGCACAGAGGAACAGAAGCAGCGGGUGUCAUGGACCCAAGCAUUGCGGACUAUCGUGAAAAACUGCUACAAGCAGCAUGGGCGUGAAGACCUGCUCUAUGCAUUUGAGGAUCAGCAGACCCAGCAGCAGACUACGACCACACAUAGUAUAGCGCACCUGGUGCCGUCACAGACAGUGGUACAAACCUUCAGUAACCCUGAUGGCACAGUGUCCCUCAUCCAGGUUGGCACUGGUGCUACAGUUGCCACACUGGCCGAUGCCUCAGAGUUGCCCACCACAGUUACCGUCGCACAAGUCAAUUAUUCUGCAGUGACUGAUGGGGAGGGUCAGCUCUGGGCACAGGAGAAUGAAGCAGUUGCCUUGAACGUCAGACGGCUGGGGAUGGCUAAAGAGCUACGACGAGCGCCAGUUUUGCCUGUGCCCAAGUGCUGGAAAACGAGAUUGGCAGCUGCUGAGGAAUGUGUGAUAGCAGAUGUGGAGCAGAACUGGGCAACGCUACAGGGGGGUGAGAUGACUAUCCAGACAACGCAGGCAUCAGAGGCCACGCAGGCGGUGGCAUCAUUAGCAGAAGCAGCAGUGGCAGCAUCUCAGGAGAUGCAACAAGGAGCAACUGUUACCAUGGCACUCAACAGUGAAGCAGCUGCCCAUGCAGUAGCCACGCUUGCUGAAGCCACUCUUCAAGGUGGAGGACAGAUUGUUCUAUCUGGUGAAACUGCAGCAGCGGUAGGAGCACUUACUGGAGUCCAAGAUGCCAAUGGCUUCCUAACAACAGACUAUUCAGGUUACAAGUGGAGCCUAACAGAGUUUUCACCAGGUCUCGUCCAGAUCCCCGUCAGCAUGUACCAGACUGUGGUGACCAGCCUGGCCCAAGGCAACGGCCCUGUUCAGGUGGCGAUGGCACCCGUUACCACAAGGAUAGCGGACAGUGCCGUCACUAUGGACGGGCAGGCAGUGGAAGUGGUGACCUUGGAACAGUGAUGAUGCCCAGAGCAGGAUCAUGGUGAUUUUCCUUGUCUCUUAUGCGAAUAAUUUUUUUACACCUCUCCAGAGAUGCAAUCAGGUGGCAUUGAGUCUCCCAGCUUUGGAAGCAAAGGUUUUGUUAACCUUUUUUUUUUUUUUUUUUUUUUUUUAAAGGA